AUGCAGGUGACCCGCACAUCACCUGUCGUUCAGCUUGAUGGCCGUGCCUUCAGACGUUCUCUCAACAAAACUGGAAGAUACGUCAGGAAGCCCAUGGACGACGCCGAGAGCCUGGCUCUCAUGGAGGAGCAUGGAGUGGGCUACUCCUCGACAGGCCUUGUGGCUCGCAUGCGCGCCAAUGGAAAUCUAUGGCAGGAAGGGGUGAAGCUUGCGAAGGCAUAUGGUUACUGCUGGGGCGUGGAGAGGGCUGUGCAGAUGGCGUACGAGGCCCGCAAGCAGUACCCCAACUCCAAGCUGCAUGUUACCAACGAGAUUAUUCACAACCCCGCUGUCAACCAGCGGUUGAAAGAGAUGGAGGUGAACAUCAUUGAGGACGUGGGCAAGGGGAAGGACUUCUCAGGGAUCAAGGGGGAGGACGUCGUCAUUCUGCCGGCGUUUGGCGCCAGCUGGCAGGAAAUGAAGAUGCUCAGCGACAAGGGCGUCCAGAUCGUGGACACUACCUGCCCCUGGGUGGCCAAGGUGUGGAGCGCCGUGGACAACCAGGCGCGCAAGCAGCACACCUCCAUCAUUCACGGCAAGUACUCGCACGAGGAGACCAUCGCCACCGCCUCAUUCGCCACCACCUACCUCAUCGUGAGGGACAUCCCAGAGACGCAGUAUGUCGUGGACUACAUCCUCAACGGCGGAGACAGGGAGGAGUUCCUUGCAAAGUUCUCAAAUGCUAUGUCUGAGGGCUUUGACCCUGACAGGGAUCUGCUGCGCAUCGGACUGGCCAACCAGACGACCAUGCUGCGCGACGAGACGCUGACCAUCGGCAAGAUGCUGGAGAAGACUAUGAUGCAGAAGUAUGGGCCGGCCGAGCUGAAGGACCACUACAUGGUCCUGGACACCAUCUGCGACGCCACACAGGAGCGGCAAGAUGCGGUGACAGAGCUGGUGCAGAAGCAGAGCGACCCUGCCGAGCGCGUGGACUUCAUGCUGGUUGUGGGCGGCUUCAACUCCUCCAACACUUCCCACCUGCAGGAGAUUCCGGAGAUGGCGGGCGUGCCGUCCUUCUGGGUCAAUUCAGCGGCGUGCGUGGAUGUGGAGCACAACAAGAUCACCCACAAGUUGGCGCAUGGCGAGCUCGUGGAGACGCAGCCCUGGCUGCGCGAUGGACCGAUCACAGUGGGCGUCACCUCCGGCGCAUCCACACCGGACCGCGCAGUUGAGGAGGUCCUGGACAAGCUGUUCAGGAUCAAGGACCCAUCCUUCUCGGGCAUCGCGCAGCUGUCCAUGGAGGCCGCCCUCACGCCGCCCUCGCGGCCAGAGCACUGAGCGGCGUCACUAGAAAUGCGUGGCACGGAGCCGGUUGCAGGUUCG